CAAUGUUCUUCAUCUGUCUCUUCAUCGGCGCCUGCGUCGCGCUCGGCGCCUGGCUCUACCGUAACUACACCACGCUUUCCUACCAUGGCAUCAAGCAUGGCCCCUUUGUCCCGCUGCUGGGAGACAUGGCCGGCGUGACGUUCUUGAAGGAACACAUUACUGAUGUCAUUAUGCGCGCGUAUAACAGCUUCCCUAAGGAGAGGCUGGUGGGUCGCUACGAAUUCCUGACUCCCUACAUCAUAGUGAAGGAUCCUGAACUCUUGAAGAGGAUCACAGUCAAGGACUUCGACCACUUCGUCGACAGAAGGAUCGUUGUCGACGCCAAAGCUGAGCCUAUGUUUGGCAGAAAUCUUGUCUCCUUGAGAGGUCAAGAAUGGAAGGACAUGCGGUCAAUGAUGAGUCCGGCGUUCACCAGCGCCAAGAUAAGGAACAUGUUGCCGUUAAUCGUGGAGGUAGCAGACCAGAUGGUGGCGUCUUUGAAGAAGCAACUUAAAGAGAGCAGACAUGGUCACAUCGACGUGGAUGUCCGGGCCCUCGCAACGCGAUGCGCCAACGACGUAAUAGCGUCCUGUGCGUUUGGACUGCGAGUCGACUCACACUCCGAGCCCGACAACGAAUUCUACAAGAUGGGCGCCGUGGCUACUAACUACACUUACAAGCAGAGACUCAUAUUCUUUGGUUACUCAGCGAUCCCGAGUAUUAUGAAGAAAUUCGGUAUUAACGUUCUCUCGGACAGCACUAGAGGUUUCUUCACCCAUCUGGUGUUGGACACGAUGAAGGAACGCGAGCAACACGGCAUCGUGCGCCCGGACAUGAUCCAUCUCCUCAUGGAAGCCAAGAAGGGUAAACUGACUCACGAAGAUUCUGGGAAAGAUGCUGACGCCGGAUUUGCGACUGUUGAAGAAUCUGAUGUUGGGAAGAAAUCUGUGCAUCGAGACUGGACAGACGCAGAUCUGACCGCUCAAGCAUUCAUCUUCUUCCUCGCCGGCUUCGAGACCGUCUCCACAGUCAUGAGCUUCCUCAUGUACGAGCUGGCCCUCAACCCUGAGAUCCAGGAGAAACUGGCUAAGGAGAUCAGGGAGCAGGAGAAGAGUGGCAAGUUCGAUUAUGGGGCUAUACAGAAGAUGACUUACCUGGAUAUGGUGGUUUCGGAAACAUUACGGCGCUGGCCACCAGCAGCAAUGACUGACAGACUUUGCAUCAAGGAUUACAAUCUGGGCAGACCUAACGACGAAGCAACAACCGAUUACAUAAUAAAGGCCGGCGAAAGUCUCACGAUCCCCAUAACGGCAUUCCACCACGACCCUCAAUACUUCCCGAACCCCAUGAAGUUUGAUCCAGAGCGAUUCUCCGAAGAAAACAAACACAAAAUCAACCCUACGACGUACAUGCCUUUUGGAGUAGGACCACGAAACUGCAUUGGCUCCCGAUUCGCCUUAUGCGAGGUGAAAGUGAUGAUCUACCAAAUCCUGCUGCACGUGGAACUGUCACCUUGCGAGAAAACAACCAUCCCUGCAAAUCUCUCUAAAGAGACCGUCAGGCUGAGGCUAGUAGGGGGAGACUACCUGCGGAUGAAACUUAGGAAAAUGAUAUUCCUUAUCUGGUUGGUGGCUUUCAUAGCAGCAGUGCUGCUCUACUGCCGCCAGUCUUACUCCAGGUUCAACAAAUAUGGCGUCAAGCAUUUACCCCCCGUACCCCUGUUGGGAGACAUGGCGAGAGUGUUCUUUCGUAGGGAGCAUUUAGUUGAGAACGCUAAGAGAAUUUAUGAUAGCUUCCCUGGAGAGAGAUUCGUGGGCCACGUGGAGUUCGUAAGGCCGAUGGUGUUUCUCCGAGACCUCGAGCUGGUUAAGCGGAUAACAGUGAAAGAUUUCGAGCACUUCCUCGACCACGCCGUGGUUGUUGACAAAACUAUCGACCCUCUCUUCGGAAGGAACCUGUUUGCUCUGAAAGGUCAGGAAUGGAAAGACAUGCGGUCUACUUUAAGCCCUGCCUUCACCAGUUCCAAGAUAAAGCUAAUGGUGCCUUUCAUGGAAGAGGCUGGGGAAAAUAUGACCAUAAGACUGAAGAGAGAAAUACAGGAGUCUGGAAAAAACUACGCCGACGUUGACUUUAAAGACGUAUGCAACCGCUACGCCAACGACGUCAUCGCGUCUUGCGCCUUCGGGCUCAAGGUGGACUCGCAGAACAAUGAGCCAGAAUUCUACAAGAUGGGGAAGGUGGCUGCGCAGUUAACCUUCGUUCAGAUGCUCAAGUUCAUGGGGUUUCAGUGUAUCCCUACAAUUAUGAAGUACUUGAAAAUGAGAAUCUUCACGGCGUCGACCCAGAACUUCUUUAGGCAGCUGGUGACACAGACGAUGAGAGAGCGUGAAACACACAACAUCAUACGGCCGGAUAUCCUCCACCUCAUGGAGGUUAAGAAAGGAAAUCUUAAACAUGAGGAGGAUAACACAGCCAGUGACGCUGGGUUUGCGACCGUAGAAGAGUCUAACGUCGGAAAGGCGGCAACCACGAAAACUGUCUGGACUGAUGAUGACCUGAUAGCUCAAGCAGUCAUCUUCUUCGUGGCUGGCUUCGAAGGCGUUGCCCAAGCCAUGACCUUCCUUGUCUAUGAGCUGGCUCUCAACCCAGAGGUCCAAGAUAAGCUGGUGCAGGAGAUUAUGGAGAAUGAGAAGAGAAAUGGCGGGAAGUUUAACUACACGUCUGUGCAAGAGAUGACGUAUUUGGAUAUGGUGGUUUCAGAACUGUUAAGACUGUGGACACCAGGCAUCGCUCUUGAGAGGGUAUGCACAAAAGACUACAACCUUGGGAGGCCAAAUGAUAAAGCUACGAAAGAUUACAUAAUUCGCAAGGGAGAAGGCGUAAAGAUUCCCACUGGCGCCUUCCACCUCGACCCUCAGUACUUCCCUGAGCCCCACAAGUUUGAUCCGGAGCGCUUUUCGCCUGAAAACCGCCACAAGAUUCAUCCCUUUUCUUUCAACCCUUUUGGAUGUGGCCCGAGGAACUGUAUAGCUUCCAGAUUCGCCCUCUGCGAGAUAAAGGUGUUGAUCUACCAGGUGCUCAAGCAUGUGGAAGUGUCGCCAUGCGAGAAGACCGUCAUUCCGAUCCAGCUGGAUAAGUCAUCCUUCAACCUGAUUAUCAAGGGAGGACACUGGAUUAGGGUGAAGGUUAUCAUGUUGCUCUACAUAUGGAUCGCAGCCCUGGUGGCAGCAGUGUACCUGUACUGCCGACAGGUUUACUCGAAAUUCAGCAAACACGGCAUCAAACACUUGAAGCCGGUACUCCUGAUGGGCAACAUGAGUCCUAUCAUAUUCAGAACUCAGCAUUUUAUUGAUUUGAUUGGUGAGCUGUAUAACAAGUUUCCUGAAGAAAGGUUUGUGGGCAACUUUGAAUUCAUAAGGCCCACGGUAUGCUUAAGAGAUAUCGACCUGAUCAAGAAGAUCACCGUUAAGGACUUCGAGUACUUCCUCGACCAUCGCGGAUUCGUCAGUCCAGAAACUGACCCGUUAUUUGGCAGGAAUUUGUUCUCUCUUAAAGGUCAAGAAUGGAAGGACAUGCGUUCAACCUUAAGCCCAGCGUUCACGAGCUCGAAGAUGAAGCUCAUGCUCCAAUUCAUAGUCGAGGUGGGCAACCAGAUGGUCAUGUCAGUGGACCGGCAGUUGAAGGAAUCUAAAAAUAAUUACAUAGACAUUGAAGUCAAAGACCUGUCAACCCACUAUUCUAAUGAUGUGAUAGCGUCCAGUGCCUUUGGCCUAAAAGUCGACUCCUACUCGGAGCCAAACAAUGAGUUUUACAAAAUGGGACAUAAGACUACUAACUUUGGCUUCGCGGCUAUUCUAAAAUUUGUCGGAUAUGCGUCAUUUCCUCGCCUCAUGAAGCUAAUGAACAUACACCUCUUCCCGGCUGAUGUGACGAAUUUCUUCAAGCACUUGGUACUCAGCACGAUGAGGGAUCGUGAAGCGCACAACAUUCUGCGACCAGACAUGAUACAUUUACUUAUGGAGGCCAAGAAAGGUCGACUUGUUCACGAAGAUUCUACCAAAGAUGAUGAUGCUGGGUUUGCUACAGUGGAAGAGUCUAAUGUCGGCAAAAAGAAAAUUAACAGAGAUUGGACAGACGAAGACCUGAUCGCACAGGCGGUUCUUUUCUUCGUCGCCGGUUUUGAGACUGUCUCCACAGCCAUGACCUUCCUCCUUUACGAGCUGGCCCUCAACCCUGAAGUCCAGGAGAAGCUGGCAGAGGAAGUAAGAGAGCAUGAGAAGAGGAGUGGCAGCAAGUUUGAUUACAACUCCAUACAGAACAUGGUUUAUUUGGAUAUGGUGGUGUCGGAAUCUUUACGACUUUGGCCUCCAGCUAUAGCAACAGACCGAGUUUGUACGAAGGACUACAAUUUAGGGAGACCCAACAAUACAGCUACUCAAGACUUUAUUCUCAAAAAGGGUGACGGCAUCAACGUACCAAUAGUGGCAAUUCAUCGCGACCCAAAAUACUUUCCGAACCCCAUGAAGUUCGAUCCUGAGCGCUUCUCUGAGGAGAAUAAGCAAGAGAUUCAACCCUUUACUUACUUACCUUUUGGUCUGGGCCCAAGAAACUGCAUUGGGUCCCGCUUCGCGCUGUGCGAAGUGAAGGUGAUGGUAUACCAGCUCGUCCAGCGCUACGAGCUGAUGCCGUGCGAGAGGACCACCAUACCCUGCGAACUGGCCAAGGACAACUUCAACCUGAGGAUCAAGGGAGGGCACUGGUUGAGGCUAAGACCGAGGGCUUAG